CAUUUUCGAAAGAUGGACCGCUUCAAGGAGCUUGACCAGCAGCGCGCUACGAUCGAGGCCGAGAUCGCGCUCAUCGUGGAGGAGCUGACCUCGGGUCCCAACCCCGCGGGGCUCAAGGGCCCGCUCAUCGACGCCGAGGGCUUUCCCCGCGGCGACAUCGACGUCUACACCGUUCGCCACAAGCGCCACCGCUUCGCCUGUCUCCAGACCGACCUCAAGUUUGUGAUGAAGGACAUUGAAGACGUCAUGGCCGGCAUCUACUCUGCGAGCAAGCCCACGGUCCCGACCCCAGUAGCCCAAACGCCAGUGCGGCCUCCAGCGCCCAUCCGAGCCCCAGAGAAAGAAGAGCCUCUGCUUGUCAAGGUCGACGAUCCUGUCGUGCUCGAGAUGGCGCCGUUCGCGAUCGUCGACUCGGUCCAGCCGGACUCGCCCGCGAGCGAAGCUGGUCUCGAGGCCUACGACAGCAUCAUCGCGUUUGGCAGCGCGAACGCCACCAACCACCGCGACCUCGCUGCCGUGCGCGACAUUGUGCUCCGCAACAUGAACAUGCCCAUUGAAGUCGUCGUGGAGCGCAACGACUGCGACCGCUUCCGCCUCCAGCUCACACCGCACCACUGGCUCGGCAACGGCGUCCUCGGCUGCCUUCUCGUCCCGUACAAGCACAGCGGGUAAAAUAGCAUUCCUAACGCUUCUGCUUCGAGCUCAAUCCUCAGUAUAUUCCUGCGUUCGUC